AAACUCGCAGACAAAGCAAAAUGUUUUCUUCUCAACAGCUAUUUCACUCUCUUUGCUUAUCCUUCACCAUCUUUUCUUUGAUCGCUCAAGCUUCUGUUCCUCCUUCUGCAACCUUCAAAUAUGUCAAUGAAGGUGAAUUUGGGGAUUAUAUUGUGGAAUAUGGUGCCAAUUAUCGAUUCUUAGAUCCAUUUGCCCAGCCAUUUCAACUUUGCUUUUAUAACACCACUCCUAAUGCAUAUACUCUUGCUCUACGAAUGGGUACAGUGAGAUCUGAGUCGCUUAUGCGUUGGGUUUGGGAAGCCAACCGUGGCAACCCAGUUGGCGAAAAUGCCACCCUCACCUUUGGAACUGAUGGAAACCUUGUCUUGGCGAAUGCUGAUGGUCGAAUCGCUUGGCAAACCAACACUGCCAAUAAAGGCGUUGUUGGGUUCGAGUUACUCUCAAAUGGUAACAUGGUUCUUUAUGAUUCCAAAGGUACGUUUAUUUGGCAGAGUUUUGAUUACCCAACUGAUACCCUUUUAGUGGGUCAGUCCCUAAAGCUUGGAGGUGCAACCAAGCUUGUGAGUCGCGUUUCUGAAGAAAAGAACGCUAAUGGUCCUUAUAGUUUGGUCUUGGAGGACAAGACUAUGGCUAUGUAUUACAAAGGUCCAAAUUCCCCAAAACCAUUGCUUUACUUCUCAUUUUCUGAAUUAUUUACUGUAUCAAAGGCUCCUUUGAGUCAAGUGACAUUAGGCUCAGGUUUAUCUUUAGAAUUGUAUGGUCGUAAUUUCACUUCUGCGGGAACUCUCAUUCUUAGAAGGCCUAAAUACAAUACCACGUUGUCUUAUCUUCGGUUGGAAAUAGAUGGAAACCUUAGAAUACACACUUAUGAAGAUAAUGCAGAUUGGAGUGCUUGGCAAGUAACCUACACUCUAUUUUCUAGAGACUCAUGGGAAACAGAAUGCCAAUUGCCAGAAAGAUGCGGAAACUUUGGGCUAUGCGAAGAUGAUCAAUGUGUUGCUUGUCCAUCACCAAAAGGUUUACAGGGCUGGAGCAAGAAUUGCACGCCACCAAAAAUAUCUUCAUGUGGAGAGGAAGAUUUUUACUAUUACAAACUAGAAGGGGUUGAUCAUUUCACUAGCAAGUACACAGAAGGAAAUGGACCUAUAGAGCAGGAUGCUUGUAGAGAGAAAUGCACCAAGGAUUGCAAGUGUUUGGGUUAUUUCUACCAGACCCCCUCAUCCAGAUGUUGGAUUGCUUAUGAUCUCAAAACCUUGACAAAAGUUGGUAAUUCUACACAUUUGGCCUUCAUUAAAGCACCAAAUAAUAAAUUUUUAAAUGCUCUUUUUAGCUCGGAGUGAAAAUUUUAUAGGUAAGCAAUAACUUGAGGGAUGGGGAGAAGAAUCUUGUAUAGCAAAUAAUUUCUUCUUUCAUUCUGAAAGAGCUAUUAAUGGGUAUUUUUCUAUUUUUAUGUAUCAA